GUGAUGACAGCUCCGGGCCGCUGUUUUAUUAUUCGUGUCCAAGUUCUACCUGAUGGGAGCUGGGGCUGCCAGUGGUGCUCGUGCUCGUGGCUGGAUCCCGCCAUCAUGAUCAGAGCUUCAAGUUCCCUCCGAUCUCUCUCACACUCACCAUGAUGACGUCGUGGUCGACCUAGACCCGUCCGUAGUACCAACGGCACAGCACUGGCACCGUCCUCAUCGACCUUACUGCUGCUGGCACCAUCUCUUUCAUCUCGUCACCGUACGCCUAGAAUCAUUGACCAGUUUCUUUUCACUUCUCUUACUGUGAAAAUGAGACUUCACGAGCGCUUUGUUUGUCUCGUAUAAUCCCGAAGAUACUUUACCUCGAUUCUCCCAUCUAUUCUCCCGCCUUGGCUGCAGCUGCCCGCUGUUGUCAACUUGUCCCUCCUUCAUAGCGCUAUAUCCGUGCAAAGUACUUGAGGCCCAAGAUGGUUUCACUCUGGGGCAGUAACAAGAGGGACGAAGAUGAGCCCCAACCCGAAGAGGAGGCAGAUCAAGGUGAACAGAGCGCAACAUCCUCUCGGAGCCAGCCUCCACCACCUCCGCGACAAUCCGAGGAUGCCAAUGAACGCACCAGGCUACUGCCUCGCCAUGAACACGGUGUUGGCUACCUGAGCCCGGACGACCCUGCUGUCUCACCAUACAACCUGUGGAGUGUGCGAGCUCUACGGUGGUUCGAAGUCCUCUUCCUCAUGAUCACCUGCCUGUGGUGGGUGUUGCUGUUCAUCUCGAUCUUCGUUAGCCCGCCCAAGAUGCAUUCGAGAGGUUCAGGCUUCUUCGACGUUGCCUACACCACCUUGACGAUCGGAAACAUAUUGACCGCGCUGCUCUUCUUUGCAACGCCAUCGACCGCAAUGAGCAUUCUCAGCAUGGCUAUAUCCGUCCUACUCCUGAUUGACAUGAUCAUUAUUCUUGCGGUGCCCAGGAUUAGGGUCGAAGAAGGCUGGAUUGGGAUUGCUUCUGUUGUAUGGGCCGCGCUGAUUGGUUUCUACAACGUGGUGACAAACAGGACCGUCAAAUGGGGUAAAGCCGAGGAGGAGGAACGCUUGACUGGCCGUCAGGAGACGCGUCGUACGCUACGGGAAUGGUGCGCGGUCUUUACAGCGACGACUAUUAUGAGCAUCUUUGUGGCCAUCACAGUCUUGCUCACCGCGACCCUGGUCCUACGCUCGAGGGAUGCAACACUUCCUCCUCCCGGCAAGCGGUAUCUUGUGGAUGGCGACAAGUAUAGCGUGCACCUGGCAUGCGUUGGCGAGCAGACCUACACUCCCGAUGGCGAGCCUAAGCCCACGGUCUUGCUCGAAGGUGGCUAUAUGCCUGUUGAACAUACUUUCCAACCGUGGAUACACGAGGCAUACGAGAACCGGACCAUUGAACGUUAUUGCUAUUGGGACCGUCCAGGUCUAGCCUGGUCUGACAAUGCUCCCUCUCCACACUCUGCUGGAAUGUCAGCAGACGCCAUUUCCGAGGCUUUGGCCAUCUCGGGCGAAGAAGGACCCUGGAUUCUCGUCUCCGCUGGGAUUGGCACUGUUUACAGCCGAGUCUUCUCGGCCAGACACCCCAGAGUGAUUGCCGGCAUGAUGUUUAUCGACGGAUUGCAUGAGGAUUUGCUAUACAGAAUCGGUAGCCCUGGUCGAGGUUUUAUCUUGUGGGGCCGGGGUAUCAUCUCCCCACUUGGUCUUGAUCGCCUAGCCGGCGCCCUGUUCAAGGGGCGUAACAAGGAGGACCGCGUAUACGGCAGGUCAUCUUAUCAGGGUGGCAAGUUCAUCAAGAACAAGUUACAGGAGAAUCUUGUUGCGGACUCGUUGACCAAAAACGAGGUUGUCAGCGCGAGAAACAUUCAAGAUCCGAAUGUGCCCUUGGUCGUCGUAACAUCCGGAGUCCAUCUACGGCGGGACAAAGACUGGCAGCGAAAGCAGGAGGAUUUGACCAAAGUGACGGAGAAAUUGCUGGCCUGGGAUGUUGUGAAAGGAGCUCCGCCAGAAGAGGUCUGGCGGUCACCAGAGGGAAGACAAAUUCUGGAGAAGCGACUGGGCCAGCUAUACAAGGAUGCAACUUCUUGAGCAACGGCAGCGCUGAAACGGAUCAUGCCCCGAGGUCGACUGAUAAGGUCGACACCUGAUGUAUCUCUAGCAACAAACGGCCUUGGGAUGGUUGACUGAACGUCGAUGACAGCAGCGCAGCAAUGGGCCGUCGGGGCCCUUCCGACGGGUUUGAUGGGCACAAUCAGACAGAACUAAAUUGAUCUAUUAUCUCUUGUCACCUUUGAGGUCGGCUUGAUCAAGCAGAAUAAUCGAUACGCGCAGAUCGCAUGAAGACAGCUUACAUCCGA